AUGUCAGGACAAACUUACUUUAUUACCGGUGCCAAUCGUGGUAUCGGUUUCGAAAUUACGAAGUACUUACUCGCUUCCAACCCAGAGAAUAAGAUUAUCGCUACCGUUCGUGAUGUUUCAAAAGCAACUGCCUUAAAGGAAUUAAGCAAGAAUGUUAUCGUAUUCUCUCUUGAUUUAGGAAAUCAGCAAUCAAUUGAUGCUAUUCCUUCUGAAUUAGAAAAGAUUAAGGUUGAUACCAUUGAUGUCUUUGUUUCAAAUGCUGCUAUUGCUGAUUCUUACCUUACUGUUUUAGAUUGCUCAAAAGAAAAAUGGUUAGAACAUUAUGAAAUCAAUGCCUUAGCUCCAAUUUUAAUCUUUCAAAAGGUUUAUAAAGCUCUAACUAAAUCCACCACUAAGAAGGUUUUAUUCAUUUCAUCCGGAGGUGGAUCACUUACAGGCUAUUUUCCAGUCCCAAUGAGUGCUUAUGGUCAAUCUAAGGCUGCACUUAACUACUCAGUUAUUGAAUUAAGUGCUGAGUUGAAACCUGAAGGUUUCACCAUUGCUGCUAUUUCACCUGGUUUUGUUUCCACUGAUAUGGGUAAUUAUGGAUAUGAAAAAAUUAAUGCUAGUUCCCCUGCAGUAAUCGAAGCACUUAAAGAUUUUGUCAUAACUCCUGAACAAAGUGGUACUGCUGUUGGUAAAAUUAUUGAAACUUUAAGUGAAGAAGACCAUGGAAAAUUCCUUAAUUUUGAUCAUACCACUAUUCCUUAUUAG